UCCCAAUACUCAUUGUACAAUCAACAUUUCAGUAGCAAACAAACAAAACCAAAAUGAAGCUUUGCAAGCUCUCUCUGCCACUCACUUUUCUCCUCAGCAUAGCGCUAAUAACCUUUCCCUCAUACGCCCAAGACACGCCUCAAGACUAUCUGAAUGUUCACAAUCAGGCUCGAGCCGACGUUGGCCUUGGACCCUUAACUUGGGACGACAAAGUAGCAGCCUAUGCACAAAAUUAUGCAAAUCAACGCAUUGGCGACUGCAAUCUUGUUCACUCUGACGGACCUUACGGUGAGAACUUGGCAUGGGGCAGCGGUGACCUUUCAGGCAUAGAUGCUGUAAAGAUGUGGGUUGAUGAAAAGCCUUAUUAUGAUUAUAAUUCUAAUUCUUGUGCUCCAGGCCAGAUGUGUGGGCACUAUACUCAGGUGGUUUGGCGAGACUCAGUUCGCCUGGGGUGUGCAAAGGUGACCUGCAACAAUGGAGAAACCUUCAUUGGAUGCAACUAUGACCCUCCUGGUAACUACAUUGGGCAGCGACCUUACUAAGGGUUUUGCUAAUAAAGCUAUCUAAAUUCUACUUAUCUAUAAUGUAUCUUAUCCAAAUUUAGAAAUAUUAAUUAAAUAAAAAGUUUCUUUUUAUGUA